GCCGUAGAGCCGACGUGGGAGCCAGCGCGGCGGGCCGGAAGCGGCCGUGACGCCAUUUCCGGCGGGGAGCUGGCGGAGGAGGAGGCGGCGGCGGCGGAGCGGGGCCGGGGGCGGCCGCAGGUGUCGGUGUGGGCCCGCAGCGAUGUCGUUCCUGCUCGAGUGGCUCUACAACGGCUUCAGCAGCGUGCUGCAGUUCCUGGGGCUGUACAAGAAGUCUGGCAAGCUCGUCUUCCUGGGCCUGGACAACGCGGGCAAAACCACCCUGCUGCACAUGCUGAAGGAUGACCGGCUGGGCCAGCACGUCCCCACGCUGCACCCAACAUCAGAGGAGCUGACGAUCGCUGGAAUGACCUUCACGACUUUUGACCUGGGUGGACACGAGCAAGCCCGCCGCGUGUGGAAGAACUACCUGCCGGCCAUCAACGGCAUCGUCUUCCUGGUGGACUGCGCCGACCACUCCCGGCUCAUGGAAUCCAAAGUGGAGCUGAACGCCCUCAUGACAGAUGAGACAAUAUCCAACGUGCCAAUCCUCAUCCUGGGCAACAAAAUCGACAGACCAGAGGCCAUCAGCGAGGAGAAGCUGCGGGAGAUCUUCGGCCUUUACGGACAGACCACGGGAAAGGGAAACGUGCCACUGAAGGACCUGAACGCGCGCCCCAUGGAGGUGUUCAUGUGCAGCGUGCUGAAGCGGCAGGGCUACGGCGAGGGCUUCCGCUGGCUAUCGCAGUACAUUGACUGACGCCCGGCGCGGCGCUCCUCCGGACUGAUCCCCUUCCUGGCUUCCCGUGGGCUUCCCGAGGCCGCGCCAAGCCUUCCGCACACGUCCUGCCGUUGACCGACAGCCUCCCGGCUGCGGCCGCCCCGCCGCACAGUGGUGACACGCAGCUCUUUUCCCCGGCCCGCCGGGAGCUCUCCCGGGGAUAACGGGGCUGGCGGGGCCGGGGCGAUGCGCUGCCGCGUGCCGCGCCGCCGAAAAAGAGCGAGAUCUCACCACUGUGGUCAAAUUGACUCAAAGAACACCACGGAAAACGAAGCAAUUAUAUUUUUUAAAGGAAGCGUUGACGUAAGCGGCGUCCCAUCUAACUUUUUAGGUUAACGUUCAUCCUGUUUAGUCCAGAGUCCGUUUAGGGUUGUUUUUUUUUCUGUUUUUUUUUUUUUAAAUAUAUUUAACGAUAUUCUUUA